UCAGAUUGCGGGCAUCGAUCUUCCGUUCGAUAAGUGCAACGUUGCACGUACGAGAUCACUCAAUCCACGUGGAAUUUUUGUCUCAACAACAGUCGUGCUCAUGUUUCAUCCCAUAUUUCUCACAAAGAUUGAUCGAGCAUUUCAUUUUGAAUGCUUUUAUAUGGAAGCAGCGAAGACAGUAAGCACCGGAAUUGAAGUAUCAGAAAUGGUCACCGCUUUACAGACUGACCAGUUGCCUAUGCCCGUGUGUCGUUAUGAGGUUUGA